CAGCUGCGCUCCGGUGCGCAUCACAGUACAGCGCGUGCGCUCCGCUGCUUCGGUUCCACCGUGUCCUUCUCGCGAACAUGGCGGCGCCUGCGCUCUCCAGCCGGGCUGGUUCAGCUGGUAGUAGCCCCACCGCCACCCCGAGCAGCACCAAACACGUCCCGCACUCCCCCGAACUGGACUUCAGGUCCGGAACCAGGACCGAGGAGCUUAACCGGCUGAUCGCCGAAUUCAGCAAGUACGAGCAGCGCGAGUACGACGACCAGCGUGCGCUCGAGAUCCACAUGGCCAAGGACUUCAUCUUCUCCAUGCUCGGCAUGGUGCAGAAGUUGGACCAGAAGCUUCCGGUUGCAAACGAGUACCUGCUGUUGUCCGGCGGCGUCCGGGAAGGUGUGAUUGACAUGGAUCUGGAUGAGUUGACGGUGUACGCGCGGGGAACUGAUUACGACAUGGACUUCACGUUACUGGUUCCCGCGCUCAAACUCCACGACAGAAACCAGCCGGUCACGCUAGACAUGCGUCAGUCGGCGCUCUGCCACUCCUGGCUCAGCCUGCGUCUGUUUGACGAGGGAACCAUCAACAAGUGGAAGGACUGUUGCACGGUUGUAGACCAUGUUAACGGUGCCACCAAUUACUUUUUUUCGCCCACGCUGGUGGCCGACUGGUUCUACGAGUCCAUUAGUAUGGUCCUAGCGGAGAUCCAGAAGAAGCCUCAGCGCGGCGUCCCUCGGGUCGAGAAGGUCGAGCGCAACGCAACCAUAAUCUCCAUCAUUUUGGGUGUCGGAGGCAGUCGGAUGCUGUACGAUGUGGUUCCUGUAGUCUCGUUUAAAGGAUGGCCAGCGGUGGCCCAAAGCUGGCUAAUGGAAAACCAUUUUUGGGACGGGAAAAUCACGGAGGAGGAAGUGAUUAGCGGGUUUUAUUUGCUGCCUGCGUGCUCCUCAACAGGCCAGAAGGAAAACGAAUGGCGCUUGUCGUUUGCGCGCAGCGAGGUGCAGCUGAAGAAGUGCAUCUCUGCGAGUCUCAUGCAGGCGUACCAGGCUUGUAAAGCUCUGAUUAUUAAACUUCUCUCUCGACCCAAAGCCAUCAGUCCGUAUCAUCUGCGCUCGCUCAUGCUUUGGGCCUGCGACCGCCUGCCGCAUACAUACUUGGCACAGGAAGAUUACGCCGCGCACUUUUUGCUCGGGUUGAUCGAUGACUUGCAGCACUGCUUGGUGAAUAAAACCUGUCCGAAUUACUUUAUCCCGCAAUGCAACAUGCUAGAGCACCUCAGCGACGACACGGCCAUGUUGCAUGCGCGUAAGUUGUCGUCUGUGCGCUCCGACCCAGCAGAACACUUGCGCAGCGCGAUCGAACACGCAAAAGCCGCGUCACGACUCACGCUUGAGCUCCAUUGGCGCGGAGGAAGCUCAAACCUGUCAUCUCCUCUGUCCGACACCGGAGCUGAUCAGCAACCGGACGACCGGCUCGCGAAGAAACUCCAGCAGCUGGUCACGGAGAAUCCUGGGAAGUCUAUCUCAGUCUUCAUCAAUCCAGACGAUGUCACGCGACCUCACUUUCGUAUCGAUGACAAAUUCUUUUGAAGCCACGCCUGUUGAUCUGACUGGGAACAAACUAACUUUCGCAUCAAUGAUACAUUUUUCUGAAGCCACACCCCUGAUCUGAUUGGGUGCUGACUGCAGAUGCUGUCACAUGACCUCACUUUUGCAUCAAUGUUAAAGUCUAAAGUCUAAAACCACGCCCAUUGAUCUGAUUGGGAGCAGACGACUUCAGUAUAGCUUUAAUUAUAAAUUCUUCUCAAGCCACACCCUCUGAUCUAAUUGGGUGCUGACUGCAGACAACCUCACUGUAGCAUUAAUAAUCAAUUCUUCUUAAGCCACACCCCUUAGUCUUUUGCAUUGAUGACACAUUUUUCAGAAGCCACGCCCCUUGGAUCUGAUUGGGCGUUGGCUGUAGAUGACCUGACAUUUGCAAUGUUGACGUUAUUCUGAAGCCACGCCCUCUGAUCUGAUUGGGAGGUUAUUACCUCACUGUAGUAUCAAGGAUAAAUUCCUCACAAGUCACACCUCCUAAUCCGAUUUGGCGCUGAUUUCAGAUGACCUGACAUUUGCGUUGAUGACAUACUUCAUAACACUGUUUUGUUAUAUCUUUCUCUUUUUAAUGAGUCCCAGAAGCAGGAAGUUGUGUUUUGCACAGAGCCGGAGAUGUUAAACGCUUCAGGCUCUGAACAUGAUGUUAAAAAUGGACAUGAUCCUAUUUCACUGCUGCCAGUUUGAAGUCGUGUUCUCGUAUCUGUUCCUCCCCAUUAUGGACGCCCUGCUUUUACGGGAAGGAUAGAGAGAGAGAGCGGAAGAUUUAUGGAAGGAUGUGGGUGAGGACGGUUUGUGCAUGGCUCACAUGGAAAACAGGAAACCCAUAACUCCACUCAGAAGUGCAAUUAGACAUAUUGUGUUUAUAGCUUUACUUGUAAGUAACUGUAACAUGAUACUAUAAACACGCUAUUUUAGACACCAUUGUUUCACAGUCACACUUACAGAACAACUUUAUUCUCACCAACUAACUGCACAUUAAGUCUCCAAAAUACAAACUCCAUGUGAUGAUGGAUGUUUUUAUCUUUUAACACACAGUCUCUUGGGGUGAAUCUCAUGAAAACAUUUCGGUGUAACAUUUUACAUACCCCCCACCCCCCAAAAUAUGUAUAAUUAUAUUUUGCAUUAAGAUUUUGAAUUUUUUUUUUUUAACUCUCAUUAGAUUCACAUUACUGUAAUUUCUGUUUUUUAGCCUAAAUUUAAAGAUGGUUCAUUAAAUAAUAUUGCAGUAUUUUUUUUUCAUUGCAUUGCAUUAAUUAGUUGCAAGGGAAAAUGUGUUUGUCAUGAAAAAUCUUGAUCUUAGUUUUUAGAUUGCUUUCAUGAGAUUCACUCAUUGGGGAAAAAAAAAUUGUCUGUUUUUUUUAUUUUUAUAUAUAUACUGUAUGCUGCUAAACAUGAUAGGUGCAUUUGAUAAUUUGUUUUUGUAAUAAUUUGAGUAUUUUGAUUUAUUAUGUGAUGUGCUCUGUAACUGCUGUAUUUCACCUGCCCACUUUUCCCAGUUAGACCAAUCAGCCUCAGCCAAUCAUGUGAUCUUUCCAUUUGAUUGGUGGGAGGGACGGAUCAAAACAGACCAAUCGUGAAUCACCAAGCUCUACAGGGACCAAUCGUAAUGCCUUAUCACAGAAAUCAACCAAUGGGGUGUUUUUAUUAUGAUUAAGUAGAUCCUAAAGACUCUUUUACAGCCCCACCUUGUGUUUCUUUUUAUAUCUGAAUCAGGACAUAUCAGAACUAAACAGAAUGGGUUUCUUCAUUAGGCUAAUGUCCUGGAGAAUUGUGUGUACAUGUUAUUCUUAUGCUUGAUAAAUAUUUAACAUGCCAGUGGGCUUAUAGACACCUUAACAAAAUAACAUAUCUGCUCUGGAUCAGUAUUGCAUUGCAUUUUAAACCUGUGUUUGGUAAAUAAAGCUGUACAGAAACUCAAAA